CGUUUGUGUGGACACAAGUAGUGAUGUCUUCAUGAGUGUUGUCUUCACAUUCUUCUGGAUGUCAUCGAGUGAUAGCCAAUCUUUGACUUAUGAGUCAAUCCUCGAGUCGUUUGUCCGACAAUUCCGGUCAAAGAAGUCAUUGAAAUGCGAUUACAAUGAAUGUACUAAAACUUUCACAACUCAAAGCCGAUUGGAUGCACACAAACGCCGCAGACAUGCCAUACAAGACAUCACUCCUCGGGAACCGAUUGUUAGCUCAACCGAUGCCAGAGACCAGUCGACGACAGACGCAGAUGACGGCCAACAACAUCCAAAUGCCAGACCAGUGGCCAACCAAUCAGUGCCGACAAUCGCCACCACUUCCAGUCCCGACAGCCAAUCGCUGGACAACACGUGCGAUGACGCCGUUGGAUUAGCCGCCGGUAGUCCUGAACCUAAUGCCAGUCAUGAGUGCAAACACUGCCACAAAACAUAUGCCACGAAACGGGAGCUCAAGAAACACCGCCGGACUGUCCACUCGUCGGACAGCAAAGCGUACGGCUGUGCGCACAACGGCUGCGGCCUAUCGUUCGCCACAAUACCGGAGCUGAAGGGACACCGACUGUCUGUCCACUCGGCCACCGGUCGACAGUAUCGGUGCGACUCCUGUGCCAAUACAUAUCACAGCAAACGACGCUAUGAUAAGCAUAGGCUGACUGUCCACUCAAUGUCGGCAACUGAAGCGUUACAGGCGUUGUCCACUAGGGUUGAGGCAACUGCCGGCCCGACCCUUGCCGUCCAAUCGGUCUACACGUGUAAGAAAUGCGAAAAAACAUUUGAUACAAAACCGGACCUCAAGACUCAUCGGCGAACCGUUCACUCAAAGACCGCCAAACAUACUGUCGUCCACUCCUUACGAUCGGUACGUCUGUUGACACGACGGCUGACACGAGUUAACUGUUCGACUGUUGUUACCGACAUUAUAGACGUUCAGUACGUCUGUCGAUACGACGGUUGCGGCCAAUCGUUCGCUACUAAAGGGGAGCGUAAGACACAUCACAGGUCUGUCCACUCGGGGCUAUGCGUGACGUGCGAUGAAUGCGGACAACAGUUUGUCAGCCGAUAA